AUGGUAAAGAAAGAAAGUGUUUGCGUUAUUGGCUCUGGCAACUGGGGUUCUGCUGUUGGAAAGAUCAUUGGUGAAAAUGUCCUGAAAUAUCCAGAUGUGUUUGAAGAAGAAGUGAGACAGUGGGUAUUUGAAGAAAACUACAGGGGAGAAAAGCUGACAGAUGUGAUCAACCGCGAACGUGAAAAUCCUAAAUACUUGCCUGGCAUCAAGUUUCCUCCCAACAUUCGCGCUGUACCCAACUUGGUAGAAGCGACCAAGAGCGCCUCGGUCUUGGUCUUUGUCUUGCCUCAUCAGUUUGUCCGUGGUGUGUGUGAGGAGAUGAAGGGACACAUUGCUCCUAAUGCCAGGGCUAUCUCAUUAAUCAAGGGUCUGGAAAUUCUGCCUGAAAAGGUCACUCUGUUCUCGGAAGAAAUCUCCAGAAAGCUGGGCAUCAAUGUCGCGUCAUUAAGUGGAGCUAACAUUGCAGAUGAGGUAGCCAAGGAGCGAUUCUGUGAGACAACAAUCGGAUGUCAAAAUAAGGAGGAUGGUGAAUUAUUCCACAAGCUUUUCAACACAGACUAUUUCAAGGUGAAUGUCAUUCGGGAUUAUGUAGGCGUUGAACUGUGUGGUGCUUUAAAAAACGUGGUAGCAGUCGGUGCUGGUAUCUCUGACGGAUUAGGAUAUGGAAGUAAUACAAAGGCAGCCAUCAUCCGUUUAGGGUUAAUGGAAAUGCGUAAAUUUGGUCAAACCUUCUUUGGAACCGUAGAGGACAGUACCUUUUUCGAAUCCUGUGGUGUGGCUGAUUUGAUCACUACAUGCUCAGGAGGACGUAAUAGAAAAGUGGCCGAAGCAUUUGUUAGAACGGGAAAACCUAUCGAUGUAUUAGAAAAGGAAUUAUUGAACGGUCAGAAAUUACAAGGAACAUUAACAGCGCAGGAAGUGUAUGAAUUCCUCUCACCACGCAAGAUGACACAUGAAUUCCCCUUAUUUACAACUGUGUAUCGUAUCAUUUAUGAAGGUGCACCUGUUGAAUCAAUUGUACGCGAUAUCACUUUAUAG